AUGUCAACAGACCUCGAAGCUCUCAGCGAUAUCAUUGCGUCCUCUGUCGGUCGUAUUGUCGGAAUAUGCAAGGAGACGGGGAAAGAAAUUCCCAUUGCAGAUAGCAUAAAUUUUGCAGUCGCGGCUGCAGCUCAGCUCAUCGCAACGCUGCAGUCCCCACCUAUUCAUUUAUGGAACUCUGCAUUUAAGUUUGUGCUACCUGGGUGUUUGGGUAUCGCGGAGAACGCGAACGUUGCCGAAAUUCUUCGAGAUGCAGGUCCCGAGGGUAUGCACGCAGAAGAGAUAGCUAAGAGGAGUGGGGUACAUGCAAGGAAAUUGUAUCGUGUUAUGAGGAUGCUAGCAUCGAAUCAUUAUUUCCGAGAGGUUGAUGAGAAGACCUAUGCACACAACUUGUUGUCAUCGUUGCUCGAUACAGGAAAACCUUUGAUCGAGAACUUCAACGAGACCAAGCAUGUCAAUACAGCGGGUUUCGCGGCAGUAGCAGGAUAUGGGGCGGACGAGAUUAUGCUGGCUGCACAUGGUCUUAGAGAAGCUAUGCUCGACCCGAAAACUGCACACUCAGAAGAAAUAGAUGAGAGCGGCUUCCAGAGGGCCAUGAAAGUCAAAUUGCCUAUGUGGGACAUAUACGAGAUGCCUGAGCAACACUACCGACGUGACCGCUUCAACGUAUUUAUGUCGAAUGCUACCACUGUGCACCCAGAAACAAUCUUGUCCGCUUUCAAUUGGGAGGAAGUACCGAACGGAGUCCUCGUCGAUGUUGGAAGUGGUACUGGGCACGUCAGUUUAGAAGUCGCCAAGAAACAUCCAGAUAUGACUAUUGUCCUUGAAGAUCGCACAUCCGUGAUUGAACAAGCAAAGACUUAUUGGAAGGAGCAUCUUACAUCACAUGUUUCAAUGGGAAAGGUCCAUUUUAUCGAUACGAAUUUCCUCGAUCAACAGCCAGCACUUCCCGCAACCCCUGAUGUGUUUCUACUACGGUGGAUUUUACACGACUGGCCCGACAAAUAUGCCAUAAGGAUUCUCAAGUGCUUACGGAACGCUGCUGUCCUUGAUAAGACCAAACUUGUUAUACUGGAGAGCAUUCCAGAAUAUGCAUGCAAGUCAAAUACUGGCUUUGGAAAAGGUGCUGAUGCCAGUGGUUGUCAAAAACCCCCAGCUCCUCUACUGUCGAAUUUGGGAGAAGCUAACAUGCUUUCUUACUUAAUCGAUUUUCUUGUAUUGAUUGGCCAUAACGCUGGCGGCCGCACGGUUCAGGAAUUUCCCGACAUUUUUAAAGUUUCUGACUGGAAACUGUCCAAGGUUGAAAGAUUAUCGGGCGGUGCAACAUACUGGUCCAGUAUUUCUGCUGUACCGGAUCCCAGUUACAAUCAUAGGGCCAGUCUGCUUUCAGACCCUUUCGUGGAAUAG